CAACCGCCAUAAACCUUCUCUAUAUCUCUCUCUCUUCCUCUCCAAAUCGUUCUUCUUUCAACUCUGGGGAAACUCACCGGAACCCCAUACAUCAUCGCCGUUGCUCUACCUUCGUCGGCCCGGUCUGCUCAAAUCAACAAUGGCGGCAUCUUCUUCCCAAUCGCUCAAGGAGUAUUUGAAGCGAUACGAGUCUAGCAACAACGAAGACGAGACGAAGAAGAAGAGGAGGAAGAAGCAGCAGAAGAGCAAGACGGAGGCGAUGGGGGUUAAACUGGUGGAUGAGGACCCUGUGUGGCAGAAACCGGUGAAGCUUGAGGAGGAUAACAAUUCAGGAGAUGAGGAAGAGAAGCCUCUAGUUGAUGAAGACAUUGAAGUCAAGAGGAUGAGGAGGCUUGAGUUGUUGAGGGCUCGGCGGCCUUACGAUGCUGUAUCUGCAGAUGGCAGUGGUUGGGUUACAGUCCCUCCGAAACGAGAAGUCUCCGAAGAGGCUGACUUGUCACCUCCAAGGAAGAGGCAUCAUUCUCCCUCGCCUGAGCCUGGAGUGGCUCCGAGGGAGUCGGACCUUUCGCCGCCGAGGAAGAGUAGGAACAAUGGUAAUGCAGAUCUUUCGCCACCAAGAAAGAGUAGGAACAAUGGUGGUGCUGAUCUUUCUCUACCGAGGAGGGGUAGGAACAAUGGUGAUGCAGAUCUUUCUCCACCGAGGAAGAGUAGGAACAAUGGUGAUGCUGAUCUUUCUCCACCGAGAAAGAGGAGGAACAAUGUUGAUGCUGAUCUUUCUCCUCCAAGGAAAAAGAAGCAAGCAUCUCCGGGUCCUGUAAAACAGAAGCCAAAAAGCGGUUUGAUAUCUGGCCGAGAUAUCAGUGAAGAGAUUUCUAAAACAAAGAGAGCUGAGCAGUUGAGAUUUCAACAGAUGGAUCCUUCUGAAACUGGGCAAAAUGCAGAAAAUGUUUUUCGUAAUAAGAAAACAGGUGAACGCAUGUCGGAGGAGGAGAAAUUGAAAGCAGAAAAGAAACUUGAUGAAAAGCCUAAGGAUAUAAAGUUGGAAUGGGGUAAGGGCUUGGCUCAAAAGCGGGAAGUUGAAGCUAAACUAGAAGAAUUAGAACGUGAGAAGGAGAAGCCAUUUGCACGGACUAGGGAUGAUCCAGAACUUGACAAAAUGAUGAAGGAAAGAGUAAGAUGGGGUGACCCCAUGGCACAUUUGGUACAGAAGAAGUAUCCUGAAGCAGUUCUCCGGAACCUAGGGGAUAACGAGAAAAUGAAGGAAUCUGGAUUUAUCAUCCCUCAGGAAAUUCCUGCUCAUAGCUGGUUAAAAAGAGGAUUUGAUGCUGCACCAAAUCGGUAUGGUAUAAGACCAGGGAGACAUUGGGAUGGAGUUGAUCGCAGCACUGGAUAUGAGAAACAAUUUUUCAAACGAACAAACGAGAAACAAGCUACUCAGGCGGAGGCUUAUCUCUGGUCCGUGGCAGAUAUGUGACCGGCACCGCAUUUGCAUUUGUAUUCCUAUGUAAAGGCGCGAAGAAUUUGCUGGACCUUCUCAUACUAAUUGAUGACUGUAAUGCUCGUUUGAGCAUCUCUAUUUGCUCUUUAUACCGAUUGGUACUCCUUGCCUAAUCGAAAGUGGGUUCUCACAGUCUCACUUCAGUCACUCGACUCACUUGUACAUAUAACUUCCAUAAGCCUUGUUUCUUGACUUCUUCAGUUGAUAUCAAACUGUCGACCCA